CGUACAUCGACCUGUGCGGACCUCCGCCUCGAUCGUCGUCCUCCUCGUUUCCUUGUCGCAAUGUGACUCCCCCCCCCUCUUUUUUUCCUCCGCUGCCACUCUUGCUCUCCUUCCUGACACCUGAUCGCAAUUGUCUGUCUCGUGCCAUGGCCCGUUGGCGAUAGGUGCCUUUGUGGGGGAGACGUUUCGUGACCGGUCGCCAGCCUUGUUCACGUCCCGACAGCCUUUUAAAUUGCCCUGAGACCCGAGGUUCCCACCAGAGCACGCACGUUGAUCGUGCUUGCGAGCCACUUCUCCCGUUGGUAUUGUGCAGACCUUUUUCACCUGCUUCGUGCGGCCAUGGAUUUAUCUUUUCGGAGCCGCAAGCGAAGCAGGGACGAUGAGGACGAAGCUUUUGGUGUGCGCAUCGAAGGCGUGCCCGCUGACAAGAAACAUCGAGGCAUUGCUGCUUUGCAGUCGACGCCAUGGCUGCAUGACUACACGGAUGUCCGGCCCUCGAUGAACAGAGCGCAAUCGCUGCCCUUUCGUCUCGAUCAUUCGGCCCCUCUUUCGCAGCCACCAUCCAUCAUCGAGACGACCGAAGCGGGCCACUCGCCCACCGAUUCGAGCAGCGGCGACUCGCCGGCGGACCUCGCGGACGAUGUGGACAUGAACGCGGUGGACCACCACGUCUCCAUCGCCGGCUCCGCCUCCCCGCCUUCUCCCUUCACGAAGUCGUACCCGCAUCUCCUGCGCCCGGACAAGCUCAACUCGCCCGGGCUCGACGCCUUCGCAGGCAGGAUCCCUACGCCCAUCCACUCCAACUUCAACCUCGCGCAGACCCCGCUCGGCGCCGCCCCUCCAGCUCCGACGCGCAGCCGCACCGACUCGCUGCUGCCCGUGGCAACGAACUCUGUCGACGUGAGCGCCCUGCCCCGCUUCGCGGUGCCCAUGCGCAACAUUCUCGAGAACGACUACGUGAUGCCCUCCCCCAUCGCCGAGUCCCCGCUGGUGGAGGACUCGAUGGAGCUCGAGGCUGGGUUCCCCUCCAGUCAGCUCUCGCGCCUGAGCGUGUCGCAGGACGGCAUGGACAUGGACGACGAGCCCAUCUGGUCCUCCCAGCACCACGUGCAGCACUCCACGUCGUCUUCGUCGGGCUCCUCUGCCGACACCCUGUCCUUCGACGUUAUACCGCCCACGCCCACCACGCCGGGACGCGUGGGCAGAGCGAGGAGCGGCGCGUUCAGCGCCAGCAACACGCCCCAUCCGCAGGAGAAAGGCGGCCGCAGAGUUGUGUUUGGGUAUAGAGAUGACUGCGAGAAGUGCCGCAUGCGGUUCCCCGGUCACUUUGCGCACUUUGUUUGACCCUUUCGUUCUUUUUUCUUCUUUGCAAGGUGGCUUGGGUUCCGUAAGACAGGGUCGUCCGCGAGCCAGAGUUGUUUUCACCUCCUCCCUCCGUUUGACCUUUUAUUUGGCACGGCACUCACUCACUUGUACGAGUAUUACGGUCGUUCUUGAGCGUUUCCUCUUGUUUCGGUCUGCUUCUAUACCGGGCUCAUAUGGUUCAUUUGGUCCUGUGGGAAGGACUAUAGAUAUCUCCUCCAACCCCCACCUCCUCUGCAGCGCUUCCUCUUGUUGCUUGUGCAUCAUGGUCAUCAUCAUCAUCAUCAUCAUCAUUGACGACAGUAUCAUCAUCUUCUUCUUUUCAAAAGUCACAGUCACUGUCGUCUUCGUCAAAGCAUGGAGUUUUUGGGGGGUUCAGUUGUGUAAUAUCAUGGGACAUACGGAUGAAAGGGGCAACGGGCUGUGUUGGCCUUUGAAAAGAAAGGGGAUUAGAGAAACAACGUCGGUCUAGACGAAUGGCAUGCUCAUUUGAAAAAGA